UCGUUCCCGAUGUACGCGAGCCAUUUCGGAGGCACGUCUUCAGCUUAACGUAGAAACUAAGAAGUUAGGCGUUUUUCUUAUUAAGAUCGCAUUCUUGGCUGUGUGAGUCUGUGAUUAUGCCUGCUGGAUCACUGCCAGCCAUGGAGGAGGAGGACGACAGCGCCGGUCUGCUGGACGCGCUCCUCCUCUUCACCGACUGCUACAGCGCGGCGGUGGUGACCUUUAUCGUGGUGUUCGUCUGCGCUUUCUGCUGGGAGCAGCGCAAUGCGGCGCGCUAAUUGCGCUAAUUACUCCACAUUUUAACAGAUACGGUUACCUAAGUAAGUAUUUUACGUGUAGCUUAGCUGCAUGGGAACAUCUGAUGGAUACCUGGAUGUUCGACACACUGGAGAGUCGGUGGAGACGCCUACAUUUACUAUUUCACGUGAUCGAAUAACCUACGUCGCGUGUUUCUAACUUUGAUUUGCAUCCGUCUGCCAAUUCCUAACAACGCACUUGCAACCUCCAAUGGUUACUGGUAAAUCUAUCCUGAAGUUUCCAAUAACUUAAUAGUCCAGUUUUGUGACGAAAAUCCAAAAUGAAACGAUGGGGAUGUUUUCAAACCUGUCAAGACCACAUCAGCAGUACGCUGCCACACCGAGCGAUUGCAGUUGCUUCUAGCGCCGGGAAUCCCUGAAAUUUUCUUCAUUGAAAUGUUCAGUUCAGAGAUUUUCGUGAAAUAUAUUUUUUUAAACAGGAAAUUUAUUUCCACGGGAACACAAUGUUAUUCUCAGAUUCAGAAGGGAAUCGAUGUGUGUUUCAGGAGCUAUGAAGCGUCUCCUACGCAGCAUGCAGCUGAAAAAUGCUGAGCGCUCCAUUGCCUCCCUGCCAGGUGACGAUUGGCUUAAUACAGCCGCACGCUCCGCCCAUCAUCAGUUCGCGGAAUUUGCAAGCUUGUUUUGCAGCUUUUGCUGCACCGCAACGGUGCUUGGAAACAGCCGCCCGCAGGCGGACACAACAGCGUCUCACUAAACGCAUAACCGUCUACGUACUGAGCAGCCGCCACGAGUGGGCAGCUACCCUCCCCGCGUGACUCAUCGGUAUGUGUAAACAAUCUGGCAGUCCGGAAUGCAGUGGGACGGCGAUGAAUGGCCGGAAAAAAAGCACGGCUGACUGCGUUGCACAGCGCUUGUCAUGCUUGACAACUCGAAAUGAGCCCAGUUUAGUGGGAGAGUUAUUUGGCCGAUAAUCACACGACAUGAUUGGAUUAAUCUUCAACCUGUCAAAAUUAAUUAUCGUGGUUAAUUUUCAUCGAUAAUAUUUGUGGGUGAUAUGGAAAAUCUCCGUUGAUCAGUGUGGAAUAUUAUAAUAUUUCGUGGAAAUGUGAGGAUUACUCAGCGGAAUUAAUUACUCCCUGUUCUGAAUCAUGCAUAUCGCCGCCUGGCGUCCCUGUGUCGUGGAUGAGGAGCUGAUCGGGGUGGUGGUGUACAAUUUCCCCGGGGAGUCACUCCUGCCCCCCGCGGCGCAGGGGCUGAACCUGGUCCUGGGGGAUCGGGUGCGCAUCAUCGAAGAGCACGAGGGCGGCUGGUACCGCGGCUGGGCCCUGGACCCCGAGGGGCGCACGGGGGUCUUCCCCAAGAACGCCGUGCGCGUGCGCCCCCUGGCCCCCGCGGGGGCGCGCGGCCGGGGGAAGGGGCCCGGGCAGCAGGAGGCGCACGUGGCGCACGAGAUCUUCGUCACGCUGAAGGAGUGGGCGCAGGGAGCGCGCCGGCUGUUUGUCCAAGGCGACAAACGUCUGGGCGAUCUGCGCCGGUUAACCUACGACCUGGUGGAGUUGCGCAAGACCCUCCUCUCCGGCACCCUGCCCAGCGACGAGUACCGGCGUCUGCAGCAGGACGCCGUGCACAAACUGAGCAGCGGCAGUCGUCUCCUGGAGCUGGACACCAUCAUCCGCGGCGAGGACGGCGCCCCGGCCUCCCUGGAAGCCAGCAGCAUCGUGGAGAUAUACCGGCUGUUCAAGACCGCCCACCUCCCGCCCACCACCGCCCCCGCGGCCCUCCGCAAGUACACGCACGCCGCGCCGCCCCUCUGCUGCGUCGUGCAGCUCCAGAAUCUGGCGCUGAAGAGCAGCGACGACGCCGAGGUGCUGGUCAGUCUGUAUGAUGAUCAGAAAACGGAGUUUGUCACGGAGAACGCCGUGCUGGAGUGGCGGGCGGGGCGCGGGGCGUUGGAAGGGGGGCGGGUGGUGUUUGCUGAUUUGAAGAAGCUGCCGGAGGGGAGUCGAGUGUUCCUGGUGGCGCAGAUUGUGCGGAGGGGGGCCAUGGAGCUGCGGGAAAACGGGGAGGGGAAGAAGGCCUCCGGACAGGUGAUCCGGCGACCGUGGGGCGUGGCCGUGCUGGACGUGACGGGGCUGUUGCGCAGCGGGGACGCCGGACAGGAGGAGGUCAAGGGCGACAACCUGCUGGCGCCCAUCGUCGCUUGUGGCCAGUCGGAGUCGCUGGCGGCCACCAUGCGCCGCGCCAUCGCCGCUAAAGCGAACGAACAGAAGGAUCUGGCCACGGUCUUAGUCUCUGGACAAGUAUUCCGCCAACCCAUUAAACAGGUGCGCGAGGAGCACCCGUACCUGUUCGUGGGCAGUCCCCCGGUGGCGCGCCUCCUGAGCCACCCCGACGUCGUCGUGCCCGCGGACGUGCGCAACGACAUCUACAUCAGUCUGGAGCGCGCCGAAUUCAAGGCCACCCGCAACGUGGAGGUCAGCGUGGCCGUCUGCGACGACGCCGGCGCCGUCCUCCCGGCCGCCAUCGCCGCCGGCGUGGGCGUGCCCUCCGGCGACCGGCACCAGUCCGUGGUGUACUACCACGAGGACAAGCCGCGCUGGAGCGAGACCGUCAAGCUCAGCGUCGGCUUCCAGCAGUUCGCCAGCUCCCACGUCCGCUUCACCUUCAAACACCGCAGCUCCAACGAGAAUAAGGAUAAGAAUGAGAAGCCCUUUGCCCUGGCGUAUCUCCCACUGAAGAGCGACGACGGCACGGCGCUGCCGGAUAAGAGCUACCGGCUGGCGUUGUACCGCAUCGACGGGAGGAAGUACAGCACGGAUGAGAAAGAUAAGAGUGCAUCGGUGGCGUAUCUGGAACUGCCGUCAGAAGAGCAGAAGAUCGACCUGACCAGCGCGGCGUACACGGAGAAGAAGGGCGCGGCCCUCCCGGCAGCCGGCUGCUUCACCUACAGUCCGCGCGAGGUCUUCCUGGUCAGCAGCCAGGUCUGUUCCACCAAGUUGACGCAGAACGUGCACUUACUCGGACUGCUCAAGUGGAAGACGAGCUCGGCGACCAUCCACAACAAUUUAAAAGCGAUAUUAGAGAUGCCGGCGACGCAGGUGCUGCGCUUCCUCCAGGACAUCCUCGACGUCCUCUUCGACAUCCUCUCCUACAACACCGCGCCCGAUCCGGAUCAUGUCGACGCCCUGGUCUUCCGCGCCCUCGUCCACAUGAUCAAUCUGGUGUGUCGGGAGUCGCAGCAGCAGUUCCGGCCGGUGCUGGAUCAGUACAUCAAGGAGAACUUUUUCGGCGCCAUGGCCUACCACAAAUUACUCCACUGCCUGUCCGUGCAGAUCAACCACGCGACGGAACGCGACGAGGACCGGACGUUUUUGAUUCGCACGAUGAAGGCCGCCGAGUACCUGUUCAAGUUCAUCGUGCAGUCGCGGCUGCUGUACGCGCAGAUGAACCAGAACGAGGGGGAUGACCAGUUCCGCGCCUCCAUGGUCUCCCUGCUGCAGGCCCUGGCGCAGCUCACCCAGUCCCGCAAAGCCACGUUCAAGACGAUCCAGGGCACGAUCAUCCGCUACAUCCCGGCCGUCAUCCCGGAGAUCCUGCGCGUGAUGGAGCCGGUGGUGGUCAGCCGGUUGUUCGUCGGGCUAAUCGGGCCGACGCUGCACGAACCGCUGUACCAGCAGCAACUCGAAGGCGUCCUGGCCGUCGUGCAGAGUCCGCUCUUCCGCUUGGCGGAGUGCCGGCGCGUCUUGUUGCCGGUCUUCUGCCAGUUCCUCCACGAACUGCUGGCCCGCGACGACGACCAGAUCCUGGGGAAGUGCGCCGAGGUGCUGGGGGAGAUCCUGGUGCUGCUGGCCGGGAAGGACGUCCAGUCGGGGCCGCACGAUCUGGGGGUCAUGGUGGAGACGCUGCUGCGCAGUGUCGUGCGGGUCGUCAACCGCCUCGGGGGUCGGCCGAUCUCGGAGGAGUUCCUGGUGAUCCUGUUGAGCAUCUUCCGCCAGAUGAGCGACGCCCACUACACCCAGCUGAUCGCCUCCAUCGACGCGUUAGCCGCCGCCCCGGGCGGUGGGGCCGGCGACAGCCCCGACAGCCACCUGUUGGAGGAAUUCCUGCAGGAGAUCUUCCUGCCCUUCCGCUCCCUCUUCUCCAAGGGCAUGUUCCCGCGAUUAUGGACGGACAUGAUCAUGCUGCAGAACGCCGUCAUCCUGGAGGUGUUGCGCAACAUGUCGCUGACCAUCCGCGACCGCUUCCUGCAGCCCUUCAAGUACCAGUUGUGGAGUAAUUUCUUCGACUGCGCCGUGGCGUUCUGCACGCAGGAGGCGCUGCAGUUGGAGACGUUCUCGGAGCAUAAACGGAAACGGCUGCAGGAGCAGUACGAGGAUAUGCGGCUCAAGAUGGCGCUGGAGGUGCGCGUCAUGUGGAACAGUCUCGGCUCCAAGAAGAUCAAUUUCGUCCCGCAUCUGGUGACGCGGUUACUGGAUCUGUCGCUGAUCCCGGUGGAGGAGCUGCGGCGGACCAUUCUGCCGCUGUUCUUCGACAUGAUGCAGUGCGAGUUCCGCCUGCCCAAGCAGUCGGCGGCCGACGCCCCGGGCGGGGGCGCCGGCGGCACGGGUGGCACGGCCAGUCGCAAGGAGUUGCUGGAGCAGCGCACCAUCUUCGGCAAGCUGGACGCCUUCCACCACGAGACCAUGAAGGCGCUGGACGUGUACAUCGAGGGCGGCCGCGGGGACGGCGACUACGUGGCGCUGUUCGAGGAGAUCAUGGUGGAGCGGUGCCAGAAUAACUGGCAGAUGAAGGAGCGGGCGCUGCGCUUGGUGGAGCAGCUGGUGGAGCAGAUGCGGCUCUUGUUCGAGUACCGCGACGUCAUGACCUCCGUGGAUGUCGACGUGGAGUCCCGCAUGUGCUGCACGGUGAAUUUGUUGGAGUACUACGAGCGGAUCUGUAAGCGCGAAAUGUACAUCCGCUACCUGUACAAACUGCGCGAUCUGCACCUGCAACUAGCCAACUACACGGAGGUGGCCUUCACGCUGGAGCACCACGCGCGGCUCCUGCUGUGGACGGACGAGCAUCUGGUCGAGCAGCUGCGCUCGCCGGACUUUCCGCAUUUCGAGACGCACCGGGAAUUAAAAGAGCAGCUGGCCUACGAGAUGAUCCGCUUCUUCGACAUGGGCAAGGCCUGGGAGUACGCCAUCAACCGCGACAGCGGCGUCUUCAAGGAAUUGUUGACGCUGUACGAGACGGACGUGUUCGACUACCGGAAGCUGAGCGACGUGCUGCAGCGCAUGGCGGCCUUCUACGACAAGAUCAUCAGUCCGCAGCAGAUGCGCACGCCCUGCGAGUACUUCCGCGUGGCCUAUUGGGGGCGGGGCUUCCCCGCCGCCUGGCGCAACAAGGCCUUCGUCUACCGCGGCGCCGAGUGCGAGAAUAUCCGCGAUUUCACCGACAAACAGAUGCAGCGCUUCCCGGGAUGUAUCAGCUUGAAGACCAUGGACCCGCCGGGAAAUGAGAUUAAAGAGUCGGAUAAAAUGUACCUGCAGGUGUGGAAGGUGGAGCCGGUGGCGCAGCUGGAGGAGCGCUUCAGCGGCAAACCGGUGUCGCAUCGUAUCCGCAGCUUCUUCCUGACCAACGACAUCCAGACCUUCACCUACCACCGCCGCCUGCACAGCCACACCAAGGACGCCGACUUCGCCAACAUGUGGCUGGAACGGACCACGGCGCACACGCGCUGCGCCCUGCCGGGGCUCCUGCGCUGGGCGCUCAUCACGCAGCACACCGUCGACCGCGUGCCGCCCAUCCAGACGGCCAUCGAGACGCUGCAGGCCAAGAACGACGACAUCCACCGCCUGAUCGAGAAGUUCCAGGAGAAUCCCGCCGGCGAGAUCGACCCGCAGAUGGGCGGGAUCCUGGGCGGGGUCGUCGACCCGGCCGUCAACGGGGGCAUUGCGAACUACGAGAAGGCGUUUCUGUCCCUGGAGUACCGCGAGAAACACCCGGAUGCCGAGGAGCGGGAGAGGAUCCGCGUGUUGCAGGAGCUCAUCGUCCGCCAGGUGCCGCUGCUGGAAGCGGCGCUGGACAUUUACGGCAGCAAGGUGAAAGACAGCAUGCGGCCGCACUACGAGCACCUGCACUCCAGUUUCCUCAAGCAGAAAGACCACGUCACACAGUGCUACGGCAGCGCCCCGCCCCUCUUCACCCUGCCCAAACAGCGGCCGGCCGCCGCGCGCUCCUACAGCAACGUGGAGCUGCGCAAGAACGGGCCCAAGUGGUACGCCGGGGAGCACAGCGGCAGCACGCUGUCCAUCAACGGCGACACGCCGCCGGCCGCGGCGCGCCAGCCCAAACGCAGUCUGGGCAGCUUCUCGUCCAUCUCGCUGCGGAGCAGCCGCGACAGCCAGAGCCUGACGCCCGUGGAGCUCAGCCAGCCGCUGCAGGCGACUCGGCCCAGAAGGGACAGCGAGCGCAAGGCGCCGCGGCCGGGCAGCGGGCGGGUCGGCCGGCCCGGCUCGGAGCUGUCGCUGGCCGAGGAGAACGAGGGGGGGCCACAGUCGCCGCUGCUGGCCGCGCCGCCGCCGCUGCCGGACAAGAAGGCCGAGAACGGAACGCUGAAGCGUCGGAAGACCCUGGAGGCCAUCGUCCCGUUGGCGCCGGAGAAGCCGCCGCUGCCGGAGGAGCUCUUCCCGGGGCUCCUGGACCUGCCGCCCAAGAGCGCCGGCUCCGGGACGCUGCGCCGCGAUUCGCCGGCGCUGAGCAAGCGCUCCGACUCGUCGGUCAGUCCGCGCAGCGCCUCCGCCACCCCGCCGCCGGUCCCCGAGAAACCGGGGCACCUCGCUCCGGGGAAAGCGAUUCCGCAUCCCGAAGAUUCCAGUGUAUAGUGCGACGAGCGACGGCUGCGUCUUCCAUUAGCUGUGAUUGCCGGACAGCGGCUGCUGCGCGCAGAUCUAUCUUUUCUACAAAAAAGAGUUUGUUUGCUUGUUUGUUUGCAUGUGACGGAUGCGAGUAUUGUUUGCAGAUUAAUUGUCUACUCUUAUGGCAGAACUAGUAAUACUUCCAAUAAAUACCAUUACGUGAGAAACUCCCAACAAAAAUUGUGAGAAAUUCGGUACAGAAGAUAGUA